AGAAUGAUAGUGAAUUCAUGUAGAUAGCUACAUUAAUGUAGUUAGCUACAUUAAUUCACUAAUUCACUAACUGAAAUAAAUGGGGUGAUAAUUUAUCCUGUUAGUUAAGUGAAUGACUGAGCUCUCCUACACUGAGGUAACGUAUUGCCCCUCGUUUGUUUUAAGCUGCUUUGGUCAAGACAUUUGAAAAAGGAGUCAAAACAAAGCGUGGCACGGACAAUUGUUUUUUGCUUCCAGGCAGGAACUUUGUCAGAGACAGAGGCACAUGCUGCUAAAUAUUGUUUCCCCUGAGAUGUAUUCACCAAACAGGAUGAGGCUGCUUGAGUAAGCCAUUCGGUUUACGGCUGCACAUUGCAUGCCUACUUCUGGACAACUUCUGGGCUUGGAGAUGAACGGAAUAUAACUUUAUCUUUCGAAGACUGCGUGACGAUGCGUUUGCUACUCCUGACGCUGUACGCUCUCCUUGGUGCUGUAAGAACGAAGCACGCGACCACCAGGUGCACAGACAACGCUUGUUUCACAUUUCAUAAAGACAACAAAACGUUUGAGCUGGCCAGUCAAGACUGCGUCGAAAACGGCGGAUACUUGAUUACAAUAAGAAAUGCUGUCGAAUUAAACGAUGUGAAGUCAAUCGUUUCUUUAAAAAGAAAGCUUCCUUACGAGGAAAAAAUCUGGAUAGGACUAAAGUUGGAAAAGGGGAAAUGUAUGAUCAAUGAUGAAAGCUUGCAUGGCUUUAAAUGGAUCUCGGGUAACACAGACUCCGCGUACUCCAAUUGGAACAAGAAACCCAGCAGCACAUGUACAGAAGAGCGAUGCGUUUCCAUUUACUCAGAGGAGCUCAAAUGGAGAGAUGGGUCGUGUAAAGACAGUGCGUUUUAUAUGUGUAAGUUUAUUAUCAAUGGAAUGUGCAAACCCCCGUUGUUAUGGGGGCUGGGAGAAGUUAAUUAUACUCUGCCAUUCUCAAAGCUAAUAAAACAAGAUGAGGGAUUCACGAUGUUGCCGUUUGGCACAUUUGCUGAAAUAAGCUGCGCCGAUACUGGUGAGCGCCUUCAUACGGUGUGUAAAGACACAGACACUGGUUUUGUUUGGGAAAAACCUGGACCUUUUUGCAUCUCAGGCAAAAGAAGCUGCAGAAAUAACAACGGAGGUUGUGAUCACCUUUGUUCUGAGAACGAUGGUACAGGGGUUGGCUGUGAAUGCAAAGAGGGAUAUUACCUCGGUGAUGACAAAGUCACUUGUAUCCUGCGGGACAACUGCCAUAACAACCCUUGCGAGUCCGUCUGCGUAUCGAAUUCGACUGGAUUUUCAUGUCGAUGUAAAGACGGCUUUCAGCUGGCCGAAGACCAAACCAGUUGUGUUGACGUGGACGAAUGUCGUCAAAAUGUCUGUGGUGGCCAAAUAUGUCACAACGAUCAAGGCACCUAUAAGUGUGAAUGUAAAAAAGGGUUUAAAGACGUGGGUGGCAAAUGCGAGGAUAUUGAUGAAUGCUCUGAAUCCACAUGUAAACCCAACGCAGAGUGCUUAAAUUCAGAGGGCUCCUUCACCUGCUUCUGCCCCAGGGGUUUCAGGGACUCGGACAAUGGUGAGAAAUGUACAGAUGUCGAUGAAUGUCUAAAUUCUCCUUGUACAGAUAAGUGCACUAAUACAAUCGGCAGCUACACGUGCUCCUGUGGCGCAAACCACCGUUUAGCUGACGAUGGAAUUAGUUGUAUCCCCGAUCAAAACCAAAUCUUUCCCAUUUCCACUUCGAAAGAACCAUUUGAUUCUACUACAGUAGCUGCACGUCUUACUGAAGAGGCGGCUAAUGAAAGAAACAGUGUUCACAAGGACAGUUCACAACGAACUUUUUUGGUUUGGGUGUGUGUCUUGGGCACAGUGAUUCCACUGUUACUUCUAAUUGUGCUCACGUUUGUUAUCUCAUUACAUCGCUGGCACCGUUCACGGGAAGACGCAAGGAAGAAAAAUACCACUGCUGACGGAUACUGCUGGGUGUCCUCUGGGGUCUCACUUCAAACGGAAUCAGAACACAACUGAAUUUAUUAAUGCGAUGCAGACUACGUCAGGCUUAUUAUCGUUAACCUUGGGAUAAAAUUAAGCCUGCUGUUUUAUUGGGGAGGCUAAUUAUUGCAUACAAUUCAUUGUAUUCAAUUAUCAGUGUAAAUAAAAAAAAUACUUUGUCUAUUUCAA